AUGCAAACACCAGAAACAGAACUCACUUCAACAGCUACUGAUCUUGAUUUCUACGAACCUGCAGACAUAUUUGGAACUAAUACAAUAUUAAUUCCUGAGAUAGGUAGCGUUUUCAAACAGUUAGCAGACAUGAACCACAGCUACAAUCUUUACAAUACUCCACUUCAGCAACAGCAUCCCUCUGAAAACGAGCAAGAACAGGACUCCAAUUUUGAGUCACAAGGAUCUCCUCCUCCAGAGCCAAUAGCGCCUCCUCAUAUCACAGAAGGUGAUAUGGCACAAAUCGAGGAAGCUAUUUUUGCUGAGAUUCAACCUGAACCAAACUAUAUUGCAACUUCGGGUUCUGGCCAGAUUCAAGGCCUAUACGAGAACCAGUCUUCUGAACAGUUUGAACAAUCAAAUAUCAUAAGACAGAUGAAUUUAAUAUCUCCAAUUACUCCUCUGGCAGCAGCUACUCAGGUUAACGAGAUGAAUCAAAUGGCACAAAUUGGUACAAUGGUUCAAAGCACAUUAUCUCCUUCGGACACUAAACAAGAAAACAUUCAAAAAGAGUCCUAUAAGAGAAGAAACGUUAGCCAGAAAAAGAGAAUUCAGGUUAAAGAGUCAAAACGUUCCAAAAAAAGUAAUAAGGAUUUCGCAGCUACCCAAUAUACUUUUCUUGGAAUACUACCUGAAAAGCCAGUCACCCCAUAUAAUCAGCUACCAUAUUAUAGGCGUGCGAAUGGUCUUGAAUACAGAAAUUUCAGCCUUUUGAAUGGUCCCCAAUCACUUGCCAUCUACGAACGGAAUAAGAAAUUCCGCACUAACCUUUACGAGCCUGCAGUGAAUAAGAAAUUCACUGCUUUACCAGGACAAGCCAUUAAAAGCUCUAACCAAGGGAACUUUGCACUCUGCCCCUACUGUGAACUUACUACUGAUAAUGUUGCCAAUGACUGUGAAAAAAUGUACUAUAAAAGGAAUGAUUCUAACUAUUUGCACCACAUGAUUCAAUAUCACGGGAUUUUUUCCAAUGGUGAACUUGUCAAAGAUCCAGAAAUCAGAGGCUGGGCCCUGACACCUACAGAUAAAUCACCUGUAGAAGUGGUUCGAUGUCCUUACUGUGAGGAGUUUGUGAACUUGAAGAAGUUUAAACGCGAUAACAGAAACGAACACAGACUUCUUAAAUACUUGAGACAUGUCAAAGAGAAGCAUAAGACAGGAAAGAACCUUGAAAUCAUGCAGAGGCAGCGUUUCGACAAGUAG